GCUGUUAAGAGUUCAGUGGGUUGAACUGCAAUCCUUCAAGUUCAUCUGUUGACUCCAACACAAAACUAUUAUAAACUGUGCCUCUAAAACACGUGAUGAAACAUUUCUUGAGAGCUAUUUAUUCCAACUGCAGCAGAGGAAAGUUUUCAGAACACCCGGCAUUUGGUGGAGGAAAGGUCUCUUGAGCUUUGCAAAAGGAGGAAUUAUUUGCAUACCGCCGCUUUAGCUCUGGUAAAACUCUUUCCAUGCUGAAGAUGGACCAUGCAAAUGUGACCCAAGCUAUGCUCGAUGCUGAAUCCCCCGGCACAGAGAAGAACAACAGCAACGAGUAUUUUUACAUUCUGAUUGUCAUGUCUUUCUACGGGGUCUUCCUGAUAGGAAUAAUGCUUGGCUACAUGAAAUCCAAAAGAAAAGAGAAGUCAUCCAAUUUGCUUCUGCUCUACAAAGACGAGGAGAGAGAGUGGGGGGAAGCUGUGAAGCCUCUACCAACCGUAGCAGGGCUGAAAUCCGUGCAGAUCCCCGCGAUGCUGAACAUGCUGCAGGAGAGCAUGGUGCCAUCCCUGUCCUGUGCCAUCUGCUCCAUGGAAGGCAGCAGCAUGAGCUCCGAGUCCUCCUCCCCAGAUGUGCACUUCACCAUCCAGGAGGAAGUGCUGGAUACUGAGCUGGGGGAAGUGUCAGAAACGCCCCUCAACGAGAGCAGCGAGGGCUCUGUGGAAAACCUCCAGAAGAACUCCUAGCACUUGCAGGGCUCCCCUGAUCAGCUGCCAAAGCGUGAGUGGAGCUCCCACCAAGAACUUGUGGCUCUGCUUUUCUGCUCUCCAAUGAACUCUGAACAGGUAUCUGUGCUCCUGGGCCCAAGGUGUUCCUGAGAGCUGGCAGGACAAGGAAGCAGUGGUAGCCAACUUCAAAGUGUAACUUGCACAUAAUUGGGUUGCUUAAUUUGAAUUUUUCCAUUAUUAUUUCUUACUAUGAAAGCUAAGAACGUGGUGAAUAUAUAUGUAUUUUCUAAUGAGGUAAUUAUUACUGGCAUGUCUCUGCGUAUUUCAGAAUUCUGUAAAUAUCUGGGAAAUGUUUGGGGAAGUUACCCUCAUGCAAGUGCCUGGUUCUUAAAGAUGAUGGGUAACGCUCAUUCACACAAAGCUGUGAUAGACUAGAAAUACUCUUACUGUGUUUUUCUUAUGACAAACCACAGCCAGCAGCACAUUUGCUCAAUGAGGCCUCAAAAGCUGAAAAUUUUUUGAUGCUGUACUUGAAGGGAGAUUGCAGCAUUGGCUGGAGACUGGCUUUAGGUACAGAAGGAACAAAAGACAGGGCAGAAAAAAAGAGGCACUGAGUUCCUGCAGUUUGUAGAGGCUGGCUCCAGACCCAUGACACUUCUCCAUGUCUUUGCUGAAGUUAUACAUUCACUGGCUGGGUCAGGUUCACCACCUUCUGCUGCAAUCCAGCCUGGAACUGAGUUACUAACAGGAAAGCUGGUUUCGUUUUUCACUUUUGUAUUUUUAAAAGAUGCGUGCAUUUGGUCACUAAAGGCAAAGAUCUGUAAGUUAAAGGAGAUGUUAAAAGAUCUUUGUUACAGGCUGUAAGACGUAGAAAGACUCAAACAGAUGCUGCUCUGUUACGCCCCCUUGAAAAACAGUAGAAUUCUGAAUGGAAUUUAACCUUGCAAGGGUGAAUUCCUGGCCCCACUGAAAUCCUCAGCUGAGUCAGGGACCAUCACAAGAUUUUGUGCUUAUCUGUUGGAGUUAAAUUCUCUAUUUGAGGUGAGUAAAAUUGUACCCAUCUACAUCAUUAAAGAACCUAGACUUUCUGCUCUAUUUAAGCCAGUGUAGGUAAACAUUGUGUUACAUCUUUUUUUAAAUCAGCUCGCAUGUUACACAUGCAUUUCUAUGAAGCUGUUAGUAACUACUUUUUAAAACCACCACAGACUUCCCCUUCCCCCAGUUUAAUGGUACUGUGACAUUUUUCAAAUGCUCAUGAAAUUUGUUGCUAAAUUAUUGCACUUUUACAAGAAGUAAAAAUUAAUACAAAGAAGAAAAUUAAUAUUUCAAGCAUACCUUAUAUUUUAUAAUAACUUAUUACAGUGUUUUGAUUAGUUUUGAAGCAUGAGGGCUGAAGAGCCUGAAUCUAAAGCAUUGCACAGCAAAAUAUUUGCCAAAUGUCUCCACGUAUUUCCUGCACUAAAAUAGCUCUGUGAUUUAUCCGCUGGCAUUAGAGCUUGAGGGACAGCUCGAGAACCAUGAAUGCAGAAGGGCAGGAAUGAACUGAAGCCAGGGUGUGCUGUGCUGUGCUGCUGGGGAGGCUCGGAGGGUUAAUGGGAUGCAGGAUCUGGGAUCUGAGCACAGCAGAACAAAGGCUCCAUUGUGCUCCGAAAGGGCCCGACUGGGGCAGGCUGGAGGCGGCGGGAGUUUUUCCAUCGGCUUCACUGAACUUUGGAUCAGACCAUAUAAAGCUUUUUGGUAGAUUUACUCUAAAAGGGGCUGUUUUAAGUUUGAAAGGAGCCAAAUUAAGUUUGGCACUUUGCCUGGAAUCACUUGAAUCCUGAAACUUUCCAAAUGAGACUGACAUGUACAAGUUGUCACAUUUUCCAUUGCUUUCUCCUUCGUCCUUUACUUUUGGUAUAAAUGUAUUUGUAUGUGUAAAAAACUGAUGUAUAUAAUUCCUAACAUCGAGUUGUAUAUAAUUGUCUCAUGUAUUUAAAGUUUAUUGUUUCUACUGGCACUAAUUUUAUUUAAAUAAAGAAACACAUUUCCUGGAAAA